UCGUGUCAGAAUAAACAUAACCACAAACCCAAAAAACACAGAGCAAAAACAAUUCCACUUGACCUUUCAUUCUUUUUUUCAUUUUUUUUGGGCAGCGAUCGAAGCUGAAACAGUGAAAACAAUAGCAGCAGCAGUCCACUAUUAUUUUUCACCACAACAACAGAGCUGUUUCUCUCUCUUUUCGUUCUGGUCAAGGAUUGCUACGUCUCCCUCUGCUCAACUGGGGUUCCUCCAGUGUUGAAGUCCUUAACAUACUCUAGUUGAUCAAUGAAAAAUUACCGUUGACACUCCAUGAACUUUGAGCAGUUAGCCAUCUAAAAAUGGUUAAAGUAUCUCCCGAUUGUCCAUACCCAGGAUGCUUUUUUUGUGUUAUGAAGGAAGGAAAUCCAAGUAAGCGCAGAGCAAGUAUAUUAAAAUUCUUCAGAGAACUACCCUCACAGGAUGAUGAUGGACAGGUUUUACCUAUUAGUGGCCUUUGGAACACUGCUAUGGCACAUCCGAAUGAUCCUGAAUUCAUAGAGUUAGGGAUAUUUGAAUGCAUGUCUUCUCUAAUAUGGAAGGGUUUGAAGAACCGUCGCUGGCUUUCUCAUGACCAAAAUAUAUACAUUCCUUAUUAUGCAGCACACAUUAUUGGAUCCUAUACUAUGAACAUGGAAGAAUUUGCAGAACGUGCUGUUCAUGCUGGGGUAAUUGCUCCUUUAAUUGAGCUUUUGAGAGGGAGGUUGACUUGGGUUGAGCAGAGAGUGGCAGUGCGAGCUUUAGGGCACUUGGCAACCUAUCCAAGUACUUUUCCUGCUUUAGCAAGUCAAGGUGAAAUCCUUGAGCUUGCCAUUCAACUAGCAGUGAGUUCACUUGAGAUAGUUUACUCUCAUUUUUACCAGUAUGUUGAUAGAAGACUGAGUUAUCACUGUGAUUUGCUUACUCGUGGCAUGGGUGGUGUUGAAAUGGAGUCCAGGAAGGCAGAGGAGUGGUCCAGUCAGUUGCAGUGCUGGUCCCUUCAGCUUAUUAAUUGUUUUGCUUUCAAGCCUGAAUUUCUUCCUGCAAUCUGCAAACCUGAAUUCCUGACUAAACUACCAGGCAUGUGGGGAGGACUUGUUAACGAAAACUCACCAGCUGGCAUUGGUUUGUUGAGAACAAUUUGUCACCAUAAGCUUGGUAGGGAAUCUAUUGCUAGCUGUCCUGGCCUCAUUGAAGCAUUGUGCAAUAUUGCUCGAUCGUCAGAUGAUUGGCAGUACAUGGCAAUUGUCUGCCUCCUCUGGUUGCUACAAGAUCCAAGUACAUGUCAUAAGGUGAUUGACAAGGCAGUAGCUACACUUGUAGAUCUUGCGGAGAUAGCAACUCUGGGUGAUCACAAAAAGCUUGGAGAUUCUAUUGUAAAUGUUCUUCAGGAAUGUAUCCAAUCACAAGGGACAGGACGUAACCCCAUAGGUAACCACACUAAAGAAGAGAUUGAAGAACUAUUAAGCUCCAGACACAGAUUAAAGUGGGAAAAGAAUAUGCCAAAAGAGGAUCUUCAUAUCAAACAGGCAGCUGCACUAGUAGUAAAGCUUGAAGGAAAUUCCCUAUUCUCAUCAGGAAAUAUAUCCGGAGCUGCAUCAAAAUACUCAGAAGCUUUGGCCUUAUGCCCUGUGAGAUUCAAAAAGGAGAGAGUUGUUUUGUACAGUAAUCGAGCUCAGUGUCAUCUUCUGUUGCAACAACCAUUGGCUGCAAUAAGUGAUGCUACACGUGCACUUUGUCUUCACAACCCACUUAACCGUCAUGCCAAAAGCCUUUGGAGAAGAGCUCAGGCUUAUGAUAUGCUUGGCUUAGCUAAAGAGAGCUUGCUAGAUGCCAUUCUGUUCAUCAAUGAGUGCUCUCAAUCAAAUGACCCUGAUCUUUCUCUGAGGCAAAAUAAAGUCCCUGACUAUGCCGAGAGAUUAGUCAAAAAGCAGAUGCGUGCAGCUUGGCUAUUUAGAGAGGCAGCUAUCAAACAUGGGGGUGUCCAUUGUAACGGUGAUGCCGGGGACAUCUAUGGCCAAGAAAGUGAUGGUUCUGAGUGGGAGACGGCAAGUGAAAGUGAUAUGGAAAAUGAUGGCAGAGAUGAACUGGGUGAUGAAGACAGUGAUAGCAAAUGGAAGAAUGAGGAUGAUAGGAAAGAUAAAUAUGAUAAGUCACCGAUAAAAGCUUGAUGUUUACUACUCUCAACUUUUUAUCCCGUGGAUGUUGUAGUAUGUGCAAAUGUUUGUUUGGUGGACGCCUAAACAUUUUAUUGGACCCUUGAUUUGGUACAGACAUAAAGAAUGGAUACAAUGUGCAGCUUGUGGAUGAUGAAACAUAAAUACGGGAAUCUAGACAUGUUACAAACAUUGAGAUGGAGGUACCAUCCUUUCUUCAUGCGCUAUGUAUCUUGCGGUGAGUUGCUCUAUUGUAUUAGGAAGAAGAACUUGUUUUGCUGGUUUUCUUGCCUAUUUUUCCUUUUUCAAUUUGUUCAUGUCAAUGUUAAUUUCAGUUGUAGAAGUGGGUCUGAGCGUGAGGGUAGAGAAAAAAAAAUUUAGUCUAGAAGUUUGAUUUGUUUACAGAGUAUUUUGUAUAUAGAACCCGAAGGGAUUUUUGUCAUUCAACUAUCAAUCAUCUGAGCAAUGAGUUUUCAAGGUUUUUCAGAGAAAGAAAA